ACAAAUUUCGAAAUCCUCUACUUUUAUAAAACUCAGCCAAAAAUCUCAGAGUGAGUAAAACGAUGUCGUCCACAGCAUGUCGCCGCCUCCGCAGUUUUUUCACUCCGCCACUUCACUCAACCAACACCGCCACCUCCGGCGCAACGAAAAACACCACCACCCCACCCACCAGCAAGCAAGACACAUUCCAAAAAAUAGUCCGAAAAUUCAAAAAAUCGUCAGAAUCAGACCAAUUCCGAACUUCCCGUUACGACAUUUACUUGAACACAGUUCUCCGCCUCGCCAAAUUCAAAAGAUUUGCCAUGAUCGAAGAAAUUAUCGAACACCAACAGAAUUUCACCGACAUAACGAGCGAGCCCUUCACGUGCCGUCUUAUGUCUCUUUAUGGUAAAGUGGGCAUGUUCGAUCAUGCACAUAAGCUGUUCGAUAAAAUGCCUGAACUAAACUGCCCGCGUACUGUCUACUCAUUUAACACACUCUUAUCUGCUUGUAUUGAUGCCGGGAAGUUUUCGGAGUUCGAAAAGAUUGUCAAGGAUUAUCCGAAUAAUCUUGGAAUAACUCGGGAUUUGAUUUCCUAUAAUAUAAUUAUUAAAGGUUUUUGCAAAAUGGGGGCUCUUGAUAAUGGUGUUAUGGUGCUUGAAGAGCUCGUUAAAAAUGGGUUUAACCCGAGUUUGAUCACUUUCAAUACGCUUUUAAACGGGUUUUACGGGAGUGGGAAAUCUUCCGAUGGAGAUAGGAUAUGGGAUAGAAUUGUCGAAAUGAAUGUUGUUCCUGAUAUAAGGAGUUACAAUGCUAAAUUGCUCGGAUUAGCAUUGGAGAAGAAAACGAAAGAAGCGGUUGAAUUAGUUGAGGAAAUGAGGCGUAAAGGAAUUGAACUUGAUAGGUUUAGCUUUAAUGGUUUGAUUAAAGGUUUUGUUGAAGAUGGUAAUUUGGAGGGAGCUAAGUUGUGGUAUGAUGAGAUGAGGAAGAGCGACGGUUGUGCCCCGGAUAAAGUUCUUUUCGAGACAUUAGUUCCGUUUCUUUGCGAAAAGGGAGAUAUUGAUUUCGCUUACGAGAUUUUGCAGGAAGUUUUGAGUAGGAAUUGUAAUGUUAGAGUGACACUAUUGCAGCUUGUUGUGGAUGGAUUGGUUAAGCAAUCGAAGAUUGAAGAGGCAGAGAAGCUUAUACUACUUAAGAAAAAAGCUCGUAUUCAAGGCUCACUUGCAAUGACUAUGGAAAAUGAUCCGAAUACUGUAGUGCACAACCAAGACUAGCAUGCAAGCUGAAUCUGACUUAACUUGCGAGUUUCACGAGCAUUGCACUUUUUGUAUUCGGAUUGUCCAAGAAUUUGAUGAUGGUACAUCAGCGGAAAAUUGGCGGUCGUCUUUUACGCAUUAAGGUGUAAUAUGAACGUUUUUUUAGUUUAAGUGAUAUUUGUACUCUAAUUAAAAGUUUCAUGGCUUUUUUUGCACCUUUUUCCAUUAAUUGUCAUUAAUAAAUGAGCAAAGAGUCAUCGCAGUUUUUAAA